AAAAUAUCUUUCUGUUUCACAAAUGUAGAUCCCAAAGUAAAUCGAAUAAUAGGUACAGGUGAGCUCACUAUUUUAGUCGAGAGAUUAAGGAAAGAUUCAAGAUUCCAAAUCCGGAAGUCCAAAUAAGAGUUUCAUAAUGGAAGUUGAAGAUCUAACAGGUCGCAGGCAACAAAUCAUGGAGAAACAUGACGAUUUGGGAAUAAUCAAUGGCGAGAAAAGUGAAAUCAAAAUAAGUGAGCGAGAAGAGACACUCUACGGCGUUCUCUACCGUCUGAUUGCGAGGAUCGUUUUCCCUGAUCCGAAUAGCAGCGAUGGAUCAACUCCUCUGCUGAAGCGUGCAAAAAUUUCUCUAACCGAGAAUUGUUCACCUCUUCGCGAAGCUUCGAAACAGACUGGCCAGAAUAUUCUUCUCUGGACUCGUAGCGGCAGUCCUCUUCGUGCACUAUUGGUCAUCUCGGUUGGGACAAUUACUCUUAUUACCUUGACAGCAUUGGUUGUAUUUAUGCUUUUCCUUCUGACUGCAACUAUCAAUGCCAUUGUUGUCUCCCUUCUCCUUUCUCUGGCAGCAGCAGGAGGUUUCUUGGCACUAUUUUUUGCUUGUGUAACUGCUAUUUAUAUUGGGGCAUCAUCUGUUGCUGCUUUUGUUAUUUCCACUGCAACAAUUUCAGCAAUUUUCGCUGUUAUGGUGGCUACAGGUUGGAUUGGGUUCUUUUGUGUUUGCUGGUUGGCUAUGAAGAAGAGUGUGGAUCUCGCGAAGCACUCAUUGCAUUUAACUGGUUCGACACUUUCCGCUUACUCUUCUGCUCGGCAUGCUCAUCACUAGAAUUAACUGGGAAAUAUUCUGAAUUGAAGUGUUGCAGCUGUUGCUAUAAAUAAAACCCUGUGUUUGUACAUAUCUUUACAGGCCUUCAGUACUAGUGUUUGUUUAAUACUAUUGAAGACCUUUGUUUUUUUUUUUUUUUAAGGGUUUGGAAGCUUUUAUUUCUUUUAGUACGGUAGUCUGAAGGCCUUUGUGGGGUUGUUCUUGUGGAAAGUAUUUUCUUGUUAAAACCCUUUUUUCCUUUACGAGAACUUAAAAAUUUGUAUGUAUUAUUUUACGAUUUUCAAUGUACAGAACCAGUUUUGUUUGGAUA